AUGAAGCGAAUGUUGUGCUGCUGUUUUGGUGGUGAUUCAUCAGCCACAAAUAAUGGUGGUGGUGAAAAAUCUUGGAGUAAACACACAUCACCAAAGGAUGAAAUUGAUACUGAUGAAUUUAUGGAAUCUUCACAGGCUUUAUAUUAUACAAAUCAACAAAAACACGGGGAAUCUUUUCAUCAUUCGGAAGAUGAAGAAAAAUCGAUAGAGUUAAUAUCGCAAAUUAGAAUGAAUCAAAAUGUCAAGGAAUAUUCUACAGAGGAAUACAAAACAUUGUGGAAACAAUUCGGAGAUAUGCACGUUACUUUGGAAUAUUCUGUUUUGGACAAAAGUGCAGAAAACGAUCAAAUCAAGUCUGAUUUGGAUAAUUUAUUAGAGUCUUUUCAUAUAUAUACACUUGCUUCUGGUGUAAAUGUUAAUUCUAUUACAUUUUAUAAUUAUUGUGAGAGCACCAAUAAUAUUACUUAUUUGAUAGAAACUACAAUUAAUGAAACUAGAACUGCCAAAGUUAGGAUAAAAUACAGUUCAAAUGAAGGAUUAAAUAAUUUUGUAAAUUAUUUUGAAAAUUGUACAAAAGGAUUCCUUAAAAGAACUAAAUAA